AUGGAGGGCAAUGUAUUAUACAAUUGGCAUAAAAUGACAACCGAUUUAACCGACAAACUAUGGGACAAAGCGUUGCCAUUUGUGGCCAAAUCUCAGCACCGAUUGGAGAACAUAUCGCACGAAUGUGCAGGGUCAUUGUUUAAGAUCAUGAUGGGCCUUCGCAAGCAAGAAACGUGGGCUGUUAUAGAUGACAUCGUGGACUCAAUGGGAAGUAUUAUUCCUUCGGGUUUCCUGGAGGGCACUGUCACCAGCUUUGGUAAUGUCGACGAAUGCACUGUCAUUUCGGUGCCCGACGACGGCUACGACGAGCCCUUUCACGGCAAGUAUUGUCUGCUGUAUCUGAGGCCAGAACUGCCGCCAAAGUCGGGUCUUGUCAAACACAGCGACCACUUAUUCAAUCUGAGCGGUACGACAGCGGAGGGCACAGUCUUCGAGCACCUCUCAGAGAGGUUUAGCGGUAUAUACAGUGUCGGUGCCAUUCGUGUCGGCGUUUGUGUUCCCUCUAAUUGUCAAAAGGAUGAAAUCAAACCUCUCUUAUCGCAAACCUAUCAAAUGGAUGCAGACUUAAGCGAAAAAUGUCUGUCAAAUCACGACUCAAAUGGAUUGAGUAUUCAUCAGAAGAUAAUAUUUCAUUUCCGUAGACAUGAAAUUUUAUUAUCGUUGAUGACAUUAUUGGUGGUGAUGUCAUCUGUGUCUCACUAUUUGCUCAACGGAUCAGUUAGCGGGAAGUGUCUUAAAUCUCUUCACUGUUGGUCUUUAUUCCGAAACUAUGAUCAACUGAUGGCCACAUCUGCCAAAGAAAAUCGACGUAUGGCUGCAGUCCAUGGGAUUAGAGUAUUGACAAUAAUCUGGACGACAAUCAAUCACACGUACACUUUCGGCGAGAAUUUAUCACAAGUGCGAAAAGUGCCAGAAUCAUUUAUGUUUCAAUUAGUGUUCAACGCCUGGGCUUUAGUCGAGACCUUUUUCUUCCUCAGUGGAUUACUUGUUGUUUAUAUAACGCUUCCGAUGUUACACAAGACGAAAGGCAACCUAAAUGUUGUGCUCUUUAUCUUUCAUCGAUUGAUUCGAAUCAUUCCAUCAGUUUGUGGCAUAAUUGCUGUCAACUUCUUGUGGCCCCUCUUCUCCACUGAUCUAUGA